CUGAACCCUGAAAACGGCUUGCUAGACUUUGCGGCUGGUGCGAUCCGAUUCCUCCCUGCCUCUCGGCCUUCUUCGGUCUUUCACCACCACUAGAUCCAUCUUCACCGCUUCCUCCCAGCCCACUAUUCCCCCGCCCCGCAACACAGCUCAGCAUCUCCUUCUCCACAAUCUCAAAAUCAUCCGCAAUGGCUCCCCCAGCUUUCUCUGACAUCGCGAAGUCGUCCAAUGAUCUCUUGACGAGGGACUUCUACCACACCGCCUCGGCCAACCUCGAGGUUAAGUCGAAGGCUCCCAACGGUGUUGCUUUCACCGUCAAGGGAAAGAGCGACCACAAGUCUGGUGCCAUUGCUGGCCAGAUCGAGGCCAAGUACACCGACAAGCCUACUGGCUUGACCCUGACCCAGGCGUGGACCACCUUGAACGCUCUCGACACCAAGAUCGAGCUUGACAACACCAUCGCCAACGGCCUCAAGGCUGAGGUUCUCACUCAGUUCCUCCCUGCCACCAAGGGUAAGGGCGCCAAGCUCAACCUCCACUUCCGCCAGCCCCUCUUCCACGCACGCGCCUUCUUCGACCUGCUGAGGGGCCCCUCCUUCAACGGUGAUGCCGUUGUCGGACACGAUGGCUUCCUUGCCGGUGCCGAGGUUGGCUACGACGUCGAAGGAGGAAAGAUCACUAAGUACUCCGCUGCCGUCGGUUACAGCGUCCCCGAGUACACCGCUGCGAUCACCGCUACCAACAGCCUGAACAUCUUUGCUGCCUCUUACUACCACCGUGUCAACGCUCAGGUUGAGGCUGGUGCUAAGGCCACCUGGGACGCCAAGAGCGGUUCCACCAGCGGUGUCGGUCUCGAGAUCGCCAGCAAGUACAAGCUCGACCCCAACGCUUUCGUCAAGGCCAAGAUCAACAACCAGGGUAUCGCCGCUCUGGCUUACAGCCAGCUCCUCCGUCCCGGUGUCACUCUCGGUCUCGGUGCCUCCAUUGACACUCAGCGAUUGGCCGAGCCUGCCCACAAGGUCGGUCUUAACUUUGUCUUCGAGUCGUAAAUGUUUAUAAAGCGGGAAGAUGAUAUCUUACGAUUUCUGUACGUUACUUUGGAACCCAUAUGGUUUCAUCAGGGAGAAUGAAUAGGAAGUAGAGAAGGGCGGGCUAUUUUUUUCUUUUUCAAUGGAGGUGCUGUAGGGUAGAAGUAAAUCCAUAUUACGCCAUACGUGCACCGAAAACGAAAACGAAUCGAGUGACUGCGCCUACCAAGGCCGGUCGAUUUUCGGGAUUCAGCC